AUGGCAUUGAAAGAAUUCUUGUUCCUUUUGAUAAUUCCAGCUACUUUUGCAAUUGGAUAUGACGAUCUUGGCUCGAUUGUCCCAUCUGGACAUCUUCCUAUUUCUUUAUCAAUAAAUAACGCUGACGAAAUUGCUGACUAUUCUUUUUCAUUUACAGCAGAUCACACAGUGCCAAGCGGAGGUACGAUAGUAGUUACCUUCCCUUCACAGUAUACCUCAGGGUUUACCACAUCUCCUACCUGCAAUCUUGGGUCUUGCUCUGUAUCUAGCCAAUCUGUUACAACAACCUUAUCAAAAAUUUUAGAAUCUAACACCUUUAGUAUUUUAACUAUUUCUGGUAUAGUUUUUUACCUAAUUUUACUAUAAAAAUGCAUAUUUUGCCUUAUUUAGUGGUUUAUUUGUAACAGAAUAUUACAAAUCCGUCAUCGCCUGGAGGUGUCGGAAACUUCCAAAUCCAGACCUUUUACGGCGCCAAUAUGAUUGACUCAAAUUCUGCUUUUGGGGUAAUCGGAAUAGAAAACCUUAUAGGCAGUAUGAUCUCCUCUGGGGUUAGUGUCGCUUCUGGAGAAGACGCUAAAGCAGGUGUAUCCACCAAAUAUGAGUUUAAAUUCAAGCUAAAUCGUCCUUUAGGUGCUUGGAACUGAAUUCGCUUUACUUUUCCUAAUAAUGGGUAUACUUUUGACGCUUACCCUACAUGCUCCUCAUACUCUAUUAAUGGAAAUAUUGUAGAAGGCAGCCUAUGGUGCGUCAACAAUGGUAACCAGGUCCAAUUGACUGGGAUUGCUGCCGAUCUACAAGCUGAUUUUGACUAUGGGGUCAGGGUGGUUGUUACAAAUCCUAGCUAUACAAUUGCGUCAACUGGGACUUUUACUAUAGAAACUGGGCACAAUUUGACGAAUUCUAUAUAUGAUAGAAGCUCAGGGAUCAGUGGGAUCCCUAUAAAGCCAGGGCUUAUCACACAGAUAAGUUUGCAGCCACAGGAGGCCUGAAAUUUGACGACUAGUAAAACUAUUGUAUAUAGGCUGAAAUUUAUGCCUUCGAAUCCUAUAGAAGUGGGUGGACAAAUUUUGAUUAUUGGAUCGAGUAGCUUUAAUAUGAAUGGGCUGGGGAUAUAUCAGCUUGAAUAUGGAUUAUCGGAUUUAUCAACAUCCCAGGCUUUGUCUUUUAGCUAUUCUUCUAGCUCUUAUACCUUAUCUAUAACAAAUUUUGCGGAAUAUUCAAAACCAGCACUUAUAUCACUCCUUUUACAGUUUACUAAUCCUUCAGUAUCUGGGUUAACAAGCCCUUUAAUUAUAAGAACUCUUAAAGCGGACGGAAACACUGUUAUUGACGAAAAUAUAUCAGACGCUACAGUAGAAAUUUCUACCCUAAGCUCACCAUUAUCAGUAUCAGUCAGCUACCCAGGAUCUUCUACAAAUCAAGCUACUGGGGCGUUUACUGAUAUAAGGAUAAGCAUUUCUCCACAGCUAGAAAUCCCUGCUAGUGGCUGAAUCCAGGUGACACUUCCGAGUGGCUUUUCUAUAAAUUCAUUAGUUGCACCUAUUUGUAAAGUAAAGCCGACUUAUAUGACAGCGGCUACUGCACAGUCUUGUUUUGUGGUAGGAAGCAAAAUUGCAGUUCAGCUAUUUGCGGACUCUGCUGGGGUUUAUGGAAAAUUCCAAGCUGGGGUGUCAAGCUAUUUUGAAAUUUCCAAUAUUUACGCCCCAAAGAGCUCAGGGUGGUUUAUUUUUGAUUUUGGGACUUAUGAUAAUAAUUUCGGGUUUUUGGAGUCUGGGUCGGCUACUGUAAAUAUGGUAGCUUAUGUACAAUCUACGAUUGCUGUAACUGCAGUUCAUAGGUAAAUUAAUGUAAUUUUUUAAAAUUAAUUGAAAUUUUUUUUUCUAAUUUUAUAAGAAAAAUUGAUUAAUUUUUUGGUGAUACUCAGCUCAUACAGGACUUGAUACUCCUACAGUCAUUAUUUUUUCUUGGACCGCCCAAGAAGAUGUGGCCAGCGGGGUUGCUUCUAGUAGUCCUUAUAAUGCCCAAGGCUUUGUAGAAAUUAAAUUCCCUAGUAUGUCAGGGGGGAACAAUCUUUUUAGAACUGAUUUAGGCCUAGGAGUUUCUGUUGGGGCUUCAGUUCCAUGUUUAGGGGUCUCUGGUAUUCUUCCUGCAUCUGGAUCUUCUCUAAGCUGUAUAAUUACAACAUUGCCAAGCUCAGCCUCAUCAAGCACCCCUGCAAUCAUUACAAUUUCAAAUUUUCUUGCAAUUUCUAAUUUCCUCCUCAUGAACUUUUUCCUCAUGGAGCUAUUUUUUUUAUAUUUAUUUAAAAAUUGUUUUUAAAUUUAAAUAAAUUAGCUUUAUAAUUGUCUCUAUUUAUAUAUAAAAUACUUUAAAAAAAUUGUUGGUAAAGGUUAAUUACCCAAAGCAUUAAAUUUUUUUAUAUCUUUCGCUUUUACAAAAAGAAGUAAGACAUCAAGCAUUAUUAUCCAUUUCCCAGGCAUAAAAUACGUCCAGACCACCAAUUCUCCUACAUACACUAUCACAACCUACCAAGUCACCAACCGAAUUCGAGCAGAUUUAGACACAGGGACUUAUACAGGAAGCGCCGGGACUUCUCCUCCUUCCUCCACUACUUCAGGUGUAACUAUGACUUUGUCCAGUUUUACAGUCCAGUCUACCUCAACUUUGGCGUCUGGCAGUGCUUUUACAACCUCUUCCGCGACUGGAUCUACCCUUCCUUAUUUACUAUUCCAAAUAACACCUACCCAUGAUUUAGGAUAUUGUCAAUACGCCACAGUUUCCUGUACCAUUGAUGGGGCUGCAAAGACCUGUUUAUGCUACCCAGGGAUUGACAUGAUUAUGGUGACUUUAACUGCAAGCUUGGCGGCUGGGACACAUACUUAUUCAAUUGCUGGGCUUUACAACCCUGAAUCAGUCCCUACAACUCAAGAUGAUCUUGUACUAUAUACCUGUGGAAAUCAGGCUAUGGUUGAAAGUUUUACUUUUACAGGGAAAAUACCUACUUUGACCCCUGGAGGGUUCAUGAAUCCAAAUGUGGAGCCUACAAGUUAUGGCCAAGGCUACGUAUUUGUGCAAUAUAUAUUUUUUUUCUCUAAAUAAAGUUUAUAAAAGUGCUAUAAAAUAUUUUUGUCAUUAAUAUAAAAUAAUAUACAUUUACAUUCUCCCCUGUUCACGCCAUCCCAGCUGGCGGCUCUGCACAAGUAAUUUUCCCUUCUUCUUAUUCUUUAUCUAGCAGUUCUCCCUCCCCCUAUUGCAGCACCGUCUUUUUAUCAAUCCUUGACCAAUCCGGCUCGACCUGUACAGUCACUUCUAAUACCAUUACAAUCUCAAUCCCUCAAACUCUUUACUCCCAAAACAUAAUCUACAUCAAAGUCCGGGGUGUAAAAAACCCUUCUGCCUCUUCCUCAGGGACUUUUACAUUUAAAACCAAAAAUUCAUCAGGCAGAACUAUUGAUAUGGACUCCACAAUCCCUGGAAUUACCUUUACGACUGCUUACAGUACAAAAUCUAUUACAGACCUAGGCUUGUAUUUAUACCCAUCCUCUGCUAAUGCUACAGCAAUCUACGCAUUUGAAUUUCAAGCUUCUGAAUAUUUAGGAGCUGGAGGGACUAUCCAAAUAGUGUUCCCUUUAACUCAGUUUGGGAUAUUGAAAACUCCUCCUAUCUGUAGGAUCACAAACUCUAUAUCAAGAUAUUCUUCCUGCUCAGCCACCGCCAGUACUGUUACUAUAGUUACUGGGACUGACCCUAUAUCAGGAAAAGUCUUAAUUUCUAUAUUAAAUAUCAGAAAUUUCGACCAAGGCCAAAGCUCAGAAUUUAUGGUCACAACUUCUUAUGAUGGGGUUACUCUUCAACAGACGCCUUCUUCUACAUAUUUUGCUACUACAACGGCUCAGUCUCCAUCACUUACUGUAACUUCUAUUGUUUUUUUCCCUAAAAAUGAAGGAGAACUGGCGACUUAUCAGUUUUAUUUUACCCCUAAAUAUGAUAUUGAGGAAGAUGAGAGUAUUGUGAUAACUUUUCCUUUUCAGUUUGACCAUGAUUUGGGGGAGAAUUUUUAUUGCUGGGCGACAGGGAUGACUGGGUAUUUGGAGUGCUAUUUGAUUAGGUCGUAUAACUUGAUUGUGUCAAAACAUGACGCGUUUAAGGCGUGCUCAAGCUGCCAAAUAGUGCUAUUCUUAAUUAUCUUUAUAUUUUUUAAAUUUUUUUGAAAAAAACUUAAUUUUUAUUAUAAAAAUAAAAAAUUGCAAUUAAUAUAGGUAGGAAUUAAGGAAAAAAGGAUAUAUACUUAUGGAAUAAAAAAUCCAAAUUACAGCGGCUCAGCCACAGAUUCAAUAAAAAUAGGAAUUUUAAGUGGAAGCUCUUAUAAAGAAUACAAUGAAUAUGCCGGCACAAUAACCACAGUUGCAGCUCCAAAGUACAACAACUUAAUGAAUACCACCACAGAUAACCUCUACGCUCGAUAUACAGGCACUUUUUUCUUCAAUUUCACCACAACUAGCAGCAUCCCAGUUUCCAGCAACGGCGGCGAAAUUUGGGUAAAAUUCCCUUCUGAUUACGUUUUAAUGGACUCAAAUUUCCAUUGUCGCUCUACCAAUAGCUGGGCUGAUGGACUUCCCAAUUGCACUUUACAAUAUGACACAAUUCGGGUAAAAGGCCAAACAGCCCAAUAUAAAGGGAAUUUAGGGCUUUAUAUUGACAAUGUUCCGCAUCCUUUACAAGAAGGCUUUGCAGGGUUUAUUGAUGUAGAGAUUUAUGAUGGGUUUAAUUAUAUAAUUCUUGAUAGGAGCUACCCGAAUUUGAAUCCAAAUCGGUUUAAUUAUUCGUACCCUGGGCCACUGCUACAUGUAAACGGUGAUGAAAAUUUUGUGGUAAGGAGAGGGUGUAUGUCAGAAUUUAUUACAAUUACACUGGAUUAUCCAUGCGGGCUGAAUCUUACCCUUGUUCCAGCUUCGAAUAAGUUUAUUUCGUAUCAAAUAAAAUUUACUGUUAAUUUUUUACUAAAAAAAUCUAUUUUAUAGAAAAUAUAGGAUUUAUUAAAAUUUUUUUCUGUUUAUUCUUGGUAAAUAGUAUAAUUUCUACCCUCCCAAUAUUUAUAUUAAUACAGGCGACACCUCAGCUAGCUUUAGGGUCUCGAUUCCUUCUGAUACUGAAGAUACCGAAUACGCUAUUUCUUGGACCACCACAGGAGACUACACCCCUCCUUUUUACAGUCAAAUUUUAGUAUCCACUUUUAACGUCUCCAAAGACAUUUCAGUCGCCAUCACCCCUGAAGAAAUCAUGCCAAUCCCGCUUGGCGGCAGCUCUUUUCCUAUAAAAAUUGUCCUUCAAAGUGCCCCUGACUCUGACAUCACAAUUCAGCUUACAAUUGACAGCUCCAUUACAGGGAUAACAUUAUCAGCUAACAGCCUGACCUAUAAAGCUGAGGUCUAUGACCAAAAUUUUACCAUUUCAGUAUCCAGUACUGUGACUGUCAAAAACUGCACAGUCCAUUAUUCAGUAAGUGGGACUAAUGCAGACUCUUAUUCUUUUACUGCAAAUUCUCAGACUUUUGAAAUCUUUAAUGAUACUGAAACUUUGGAAAUUUUGAGUGUUUCACCUAUAAAUAAUACAAGGGCAACUGCGACUAUAAGGAUUUCGACGACCAAGGUAUGUACUUGCUAUUAUCAAUAUUCAUUAAAAGGCACCACAAAUCCAAGCCUUUCUGAUGUCGUCGAUAAGAUAACCCCAUUAUCAACUACUAGGACUAUUUAUGGCAGUGUCAGAAUAUUUAGUUCUUUAUCAGAAGAAAUCGUAAUUACUGGGUUAACUGCACAAACUUACUAUACAAUUUAUGUGUGGGGUAUCGAUUUGUUAGGAAAUUCGACUGAAACCUCCACAAAUGCGGAUUUUACGACAUAUGACCGGUAUAAAGCAGCAGAAAUUUCGCUGCAGUUUGGCCAGUCUUAUGUAAAUUCUGUUGAAAUUUCUACAAUUGCGGCUGAAAUUUCGCUGUUGUUAAGUAUUCAUCCUUGGAGGGUGCUAAAUGUCCCAGUUCCGGAAGUAGAAAACCUGAGCAGUACUAGUGUUACUUUUUAUAUAAUGGACAAGCCAGAUUCUGAUGCUUAUCCAGAGCCUAUUGAUAUGGUUCCAAUUCUAUCUGCAGCUAAAGGUAAGCUGAGCUCUAGCCUUAAUAACUUUAAUGCUGCCCAAACUAUUACAGGGACUGAAUUAGUGAUUAAGGAAUGCGCAUUUUCGACUUAUCCUUAUGUUUUAAACUCAAGUGACUAUAAAAGUAUAAUCUUUUUAUAAUGAAUAUAAGUGUUCCUAUAGUAUGGUUUGAUCAAAAUUAUUUAUUUUCGAUAUUUUUCUUUGUACAUAGGCAAAAGUAAUGAUUUUUAUCAGGAAAUGUCCCUAUUCAAAAACCAGGAGCAUUAUCGUACUGCCUUAUGGCAAUAUAAUUAUUAACUGCAAAUGGCAUAUCAUUUUCAGCUGCACUAGAAAAUGAUGGGUAUAUUUAUUCUAUAUUAGAACUCACUAAUACCUCUAAAAAGGUCCCUUAUUCUUUUCAAGUUUUUAAUGGGAAUAAUUAUGCGAAUAAGCCUGCUAUGAGUAUUAAAGCACAAGCUACUGCAGGAGUGGCUGUGAAUUCUACAUAUUCAAGCCUAUCCCAAUACACGCAGUACACUCUAAAUGUGAUUUGUACGAAUACUUAUCCUAUUUUCCCUGACGUUGCGUAUGAUUCAGGAGUAGCCACCAUUAUACAUAUAACGCCUAAUUCUCCCCGAUAAAUUGGAAUAAAAAUCCUAUUCCAGUUUAAGGGGAUUUAUUUAUUUUAAAAAAAAUCAUAUUAACUAAAAUAAUUUAUAAACUUUCUAAAAUUAAAAAAAUAAAUUGAACGAAUAUAUUCGAAUUUUAAUUAUUUUAUGUAAAUUUUAAUUCAAAAUUAAUUGAUUUAGUGUGAAAAUGUGAAGUAAUAUUCUAAUUGUAUUUUUCCCUAUUAAUUAAUCAAAACUAAUUUUAUUAAAAGUUCGUAUUUUUCAAUUAUAAAUUUUCCUAUUAAAAAUAAUUUUUUUAAGUAAAGGUGGAAAUUUAUUAAUAUUUUGUUCAAUUCAAAGAGGAGUAAGAAGCCAAACCCAACUCCUUUGAAUAUAAAUAGCGCAGCUAUCUUGCCUUUACUUGCUUUCUUAUUGUUUAUUUUUUAA